CUUUGUUUUUUGUUUAAUGAAAUUUACUCUAAUAUUGUCCUUAAUUCCCUAAACCCUAAUUUCAUUAGAGCAUUCAUUACUUUGUAAUUUGUAUUCCUUCAACAAAAAAUUUUUAAAUUUGUAUAUUGAUGAUUGAUCGAUUCAUUGGAAAACAUUUCAGCGGUUGCUGAUCCGACUUAAGCUUUGCUUUCAUGUCCAACGGCAGAACAAAACCAUCUUCUUCUUCCCAGAGAAAACAGCAAGCCCGGAACUGGAUUGCUAAGCCCUUAUUACAUGAUCCGACGCGGAAUCCACAACCCGAAGGCGAUUCAGGAGCUUCCUCCUCAGCAGCAUCUCAGUGUAAUCCCAACCUUUCAGCAGAAGUUCGGCCGGAAGACCCAUCUGACCAGAAGUUUAGCAGAAACAGUAGGCGGAAGUCCCGGAACAGGCAUCGCCGGGAUGUGAAUGCACAGCCGGAUUCUUUGUCUGGAUCUGAUAAUCGGGUAGAUUCUAGAAGCGACGGUGGAGGUGGUGGAAUUGAUUGUGCGGAAGAGUGUUCGGAGAGAAAUUCCAAGGAAAAUGAUGGUGGAAACGGACUGGGAACGGAGAAGGGUGAUGAUGAUGAUGAUGAUGAUGAUGAUGAAAUAGGGAGAAGAUUUGAAGAGUUGCGAUUGGGUGUUGAAGAGCCGGUGUUGUCCGAAGAACAGCUCGGGAUCAAUUAUCAGGCCAGAGAAGACGAGUUACUAGCACUAGACUCCAUUUAUGGUGACAACAUUUUUCAUCUUGACAGACAUAAUGGCCUACGAAGUUUUCAGAUCCAUAUACACAUAGAUGUUCCCAAGGAGCUUACAGUUUCUGUAAAUAUAAAAACAUCUGCAAUGUCGACCCGGAAUGAUGAUUUGCCUGAGUUUCUGUACUCCUUUAAAAUCGCGCAUCUCCCACCAAUAACACUAUCAUGCUUAUUACCAAAAUCAUAUCCGUCUCAUCUUCCUCCUCAUUUCACCAUGUCUGUCCAAUGGCUGAAGACCUCAGAAAUUUCCCAGCUCUGUCACGUUCUUGAUUCAAUCUGGCACGAACAAUCAGGGCAGGAGGUAAUAUACCAGUGGGUGGAAUGGUUGCAAAGUUCUUCCCUUUCACACCUACAAUUUGACCAAGAAAUUAAAUUGAGCCCUUAUGAAGAAGAAAGGCGUGUUGGAGAUAGACGUGCCAUAUCUGGAAGUGUCUCUCUUGAUUUUGAUAUUCCUUUCUUGAAAAGCUAUGAUGAUGAACAACGCUAUGUAAACUUCAGUAAAAAUAUCCAAGAGUGUUGCAUCUGUAUUGGUGAAUCUCCAGGGAGUGAAUUCGUCAGACUACCGUGCCAACACUUUUUCUGCUUCAAGUGCAUGAGAACUUUUGCAAACAUGCAUGUAAAGGAAGGUACCUUAUCUAAGCUUCAGUGUCCAAGUAGUGCAAAAUGUGGAGGCAUGAUACCCCCAGGUUUGCUGAAACGGUUACUAGAUGAAGAGGGGUUUGAACAAUGGGAAAAUUCAAUGUUGCAAAAAACAUUGGAAUCUAUGUCUGAUGUAUGCUAUUGCCCUAGGUGUGAAACAAUAUGCAUAGAAGAUGAAGAAAAUCAUGCGCAAUGCCCAAAAUGUUUCUACAGCUUCUGUACACUUUGUAGGGACAAGCGCCAUGUUGGGGUUGCAUGUAUGUCACCGGAAAUAAAACUUUCUAUCUUACAGGAACGACAACAUUCAUCUCAACUCAAAGGAGAUCAAAAGCAACGUGAGCGAGAAAUGAUAAAUGAAAUUCUUAGCUUGAGGGAAAUCAACCGCUCUGCAAAGCAAUGCCCUUCUUGUAAGAUGGCUAUAUCCCGGAGUGAGGGUUGCAACAAAAUGGAAUGCAAAAACUGUGGGCAGUAUUUCUGCUAUCGUUGUAAUAAAGCCAUUGAUGGGUAUGACCAUUUCAGGGUCGAGCAGUGUGAACUCUUCUCAAUGGAGGCAAUACAGAUGUGGGAGGAGCGUAUGAAUGCCCGUCAAGCAGUUGGUCAAAUUCGGGCUCAACAACUCAACGCUGCUCAUGGUGGUCACCCUUGUCCCAUUUGUCGUCAACUAAAUGCCAAGGUUGGAAAUAACAAUCACAUAUUCUGCUGGGCAUGCCAAAAUCAUUAUUGUUACCUUUGCAGAAAGACGGUGAAGCGAAGCUCCCACCAUUUUGGCCCCAAAGGCUGCAAACAACACACCUUUGACUAGUUAAGCGUACAAACUCGUAUUCAUUCUUGUUAUAAUGUGUUCAUUGUUCAAUAUAUUGAUAUAUUUAAGGAGUGGUAUUUUUUUUACUCAUGAAGUUGGAAAUUUCUAGGUGGAUUUGGU